AUGGCCAAGAAUGUGAGUUUAGCUUCAAUGGAUCAAAAACUAGCUAUGGCUAAGCGUUGCUCUUAUGAAGGAGUAGUAGCAGGAGCAAAAGCAGCUGUUGUUGCAUCUGUUGCUACUGCCAUUCCAACAUUUGCUAUUGGGAAGAUGUCACUAUGGGCAAGAACAUAUCUGAAUCCAACAGCUAAAGCUCUAAUUAUCUCAACAGCUGCUGGGAUGGCAUAUUUUGUUGUAGCUGACAAAACUAUUCUCAAAAUUGCAAGAGAAAACUCCUUUAAACAAAACUAAUUAAGGCUCACAAAUAAAUUAAUUUAAGUAUUUUAGUGUAUAUCUAAUAUUAACAUUACCUAAUUUAUUUUAGGUAUCAACCAAAAUAAAAUAAAAACGGAUGGUUGUAACGUA